AUGAGGGAUAUGAGAUUUUCACGUGGAAAUCCACGAGUCCGUCCCACAUUUGCUAGAGUUAAUUCUACUGCUGGGAAAUGGGAGUGGUGUGUAGCCGUAGUUGGCGAGAAGAAGUUCACCGGUGUUCCUUCAGACGAAGCUUUCCGACCCAACGAAUUCCAGAUGCAAAAUGUGAUGAAGCUUGUGCGAGAAGUUUCUCGAAUUUCCACAGAAUACACAACAUCAGGGUGUAGUGUAGCGGUUAAAGGUUCCGUUGCCGGCACAAUCGCUCACGGGUUCGAAUCCGCCCCGGUGCUCACCGGGGCCUUUCAUCCCUCCGAGGUCGAUAAAUUGGUACCAGUGGCUUAUCUGGGAGGAUAA